ACCGACCGACCGACCGACUGCUGCCACGGUGCGCCGGAACGACCCCCUCCCUCCCUCCCUCCGCCGAAGGGACGCGCCGCUGCUCUCCCAACAACACGGGAUCCGGAUCCGGAGCGAUGGCCGGUUUAAAGACUCUGCUGCCUCUCGUCGUCUGCCUCUCGCUGGGCCAGCGGUCACUAGCCAAGAACGAGGAGCCCUGCCAGCCCUCCAAGUGGAACAACGCCUUCAGCACCUUCAUCAGACGACACGUCCGCGCCGACAUGCCCAGCAGCCUGAACAAGGAGGACUGGGAGAAGUACAUCCGCCAGAUUGGGGGCUGUGAAAACCGGCCCACCCAGUCCUUCCUCCACCAGCGCGACCUGGAGAGGGUGAAGGCCGUCUGCAGCAGCCACGGAGGGAAGACCUUCAAGGAGAACCUGUGCAUCAGCCAGGAGGCCUUCUCCUUCGUCACGGUGAGGAGCGAGCCCGGGACCUGCGGACUCAAGAGCGUCCACGCAGACAACAAGCAUCUGAUCCUGGCCUGUGAAGCUCUGGAGAACCAGUGUCUGCCGGUUCACUUCGAAGGGAACUCUCAAAACGCAAAGCCCGAUAACAACGCCAGGGCUUGCGUGGACCCUCAGAAAGCCAAGGCCUCCGCCGCCGCUGAGGUCACCUGGGUGUCGCUAUUGUUGUCCGUUCUUGUUGCGAUUAUCUGCGGGCAGCAAGCGUUCCCAUUUUAACGGCACCUCUAGUUUUGGUGAUGGGCUGGGCAGAGAAUUCGGUGUUACGGUUCAGGGCCCCUUUCGAAUUCAGCGGUGUUUCAUCGGGCUGAAAUCCGGAUGUUGUCACAUCGUGACGCACAGUUUUGCCGCGCAGGUGAAUGACAACGACAACCUGUCACCUAAAACGUCUCACAAAAUGAGGUGUCGAAUAUGUCAGGGAGUGUUAUCUGGGAAUUCGGUUUGGCUCCAUAUUCUACUUUACAUUACCAGUCAGCUCAACGUGAUGAACCUCGGCUGGCUUCCUAAUCAU